AUUUCUCUAUUCAACCCAAAGCCAUCAAAAUAAUAUUUCAUGUACUUCGCGUGGAGCAGUUUUAUGUAGGAGUUCGGGGCAUAAUACUACGAUGAAAACUCGACAUCAGAAUUGUGAAACUUAGUAGCUUUCCUAGACAAGCCAAUGAUAUUUCGAAUUUCUUGAAAAUAAGUAUUUUCUGGGCAAGAAAAACGUUGCUAACUGAUAAAACGUCUAGAGAAUUUCUCCUUUACAAAGCAUUUUCUUUAUUUAAAUCUACUUAUUCUUUUCUAAAAUGAUCAUAGUUGACGUAGAAAAAAAGUUUUGUGUGCGUGAUCUUUAAGUAUUCAAUUUGUUGUCACAUUCCAGCAAAUUAUAGAUUUAGUUGAAAGCCGUCUUCUUUGUUAUGUAUUGUUUACCAAAUUUUGUUCUUACGAUAAACAGAUUGAACUAUAAACAAGAUCAAUUACGUGCUGCAACUGAAUCUUCUGAGAAAUAUAGCAAUGAUUCUCUCACUUGCUCAUAAUCACUUGUUUUUUCUUUGCAUCAACUUCUCCUUAUCUACAAUAUAUAGUUUGAAUCUAUACUACACUGAUCAAUAUGAUAAUCCAACAUCACUGCAGUAUGAUUGUCUUGACUACUAUGUUGAAAACGAUAUUGUUUCAUAUGAUAAUCCGGAACCACUGGACCUUCAACUGAUUGCCUACUGUAUACGGUUAGAAAAUCUAAGUGAACUCUCAAAAACUCUUCCCGCUAAACAUUUAAUCAAGGGACGUAGUUUUACUUUUAAUGAUCUUAAAAAUCAAAACAUAACAGGAGAACAAUUGCUUGAUUGGACAGCAACCAUUGAACUCGUUGAGCGCUAUGAAGCCUAUUUAGUUGGUGAUUCAACGACAAAUGGAUCCGAUCUUUAUUAUAAUUGUACAAAUGAUUGGUUUGGCAAUGCUUGUGAAUAUUCAUUUUAUCGAGCAAAAGACAAAAGAACAUUAGUAGACGUUGUCUACGAUACAUUUAAUGAGAAAAAAUUUGCUUCACCUGAAUAUGUGCCGUGUUACAAACUGUUGGAGUGUAAACGUAGCCCAUCAGCGCUUUGCCUCGAUUGGCGUGAAAUUUGUGAUGGAAAAAUCGAUUGUCUUAACAAUGGAAUAGACGAAGAAAACUGUUGGCAACUUGAAAACUCUAAUGCAUUUAUAAAUAGUAAAAAUGAAUUUCUGUGUCAUAAUGGAAUGCAAAGUAUUUCAACAAGUUUUUAUCGGAAUGGUCUCUAUAAUCCAGAUUGUAUAGAUCGAACUGAUGAAGCACAUAAUGUGGAAUAUUGGAAAAAUUGUUUUCGAGAUCCUGCAUUUUGA